CCCUGAUCCAUCACGGCAAGUGCUAGUCCGGCUAAUACGAGUACGUUGCAACUGGAAUAACAUAAGCUCGGAUGACUUUGGUACUCAUGUUAUCACAGACAUCCCCCACUCCAGGAAAAAAACUUGAUUUGCCAGGAUUGCAGGACACCCUCUUGACCUUUUUAACGGAUUUCGCAGCAGAAUGGCCGCCAUGCGGUUGCCGGAAGCAGUAUCAAGUGCGCCACACCCGGUGCCUCCACGGACACUGUCCACCAUAUUCCAGUCCUAUGAUUACGAUUAUGACGGGCUCUUGAGCCGUCAUGACCUGUUUAAAGCCAUCGUUAAGCAAGCCACGGACUACCAGUUGGAUAUAUCUCCUGAAAAAGCCAUGCAGCUGGUCCAUGCCGUGUUUGAUGCAGCUGCCAUACCGGCCGAUGGAAUGCUGGGCAAAGAUGAUUUCCAGGCAUUGAUGAAGGAUUAUCUUCCACAUAACGACGCUAAUGCUGGCAUUCACAUUACUUGCAGCCCUGGUACCACCGUUACACCGCCAUCAAAUCCUGGAAAUCGAGUCGACACUUUUGCAUGGAAAUCCAAACCAGAAUCUGUUAUGCGAUCUGUUAAAUUGAAGCUGAUUCCAUAUAAGAACGAAAUCAUUGUCCUAUCGGUGUACAUUUUGUUCUGCGUCCUUUUAUUCUUCAUCGGGUCCGCUGUGGCUUAUCUGGAGGAUCCCGAAUCCGUACAUGGAAUGUACGCCUAUUUGGUUGCAAAGGGUUUCGGUAUGAUACUGGAUAUCAACUGCAGUAUUAUAAUACUGCCGAUUUUGCACUGGACGAUGACCUUUGUGCGAAAGACCGGGCUGGGAUCGUUUCUACCACUGGAUGCUUUACCAAAAUUCCAUAUUACAUGUGCAAUUUGUAUUGGUAUUGCCGGUGCAUGCCACACCGUGGCUCAUAUCGUUAAUUUUGCUGAGAUGAUUGAGAUGAAUCCAAAAGAUUCUCCUUCGCUGUCAGAGUAUCUUUUCGUUCCCCGGCAUGACGUGCCAGGAUUGGUUCAAGGGCUAGCAUCUGUUACUGGUUGGAUCCUGAUCCUGAUCUUUGUUGCUGUUGUAUUGUUUUCGCUACCAAUCGUCCGACAGACUCAACAUUUUCAGUUGUUUUACUGGUUCCAUAAACUCGUCUACGUGUUUUGGCUCAUUCUUAUCUUGCACGCGCGCAACUUUUGGAAGUAUUUUUGUUUCUUCGGAGUACUCUUGAUUGUGGAAAAGCUACGUAAAUACUACAUCGUUGGGAAGAAAAAUUCUUCUGCGGAAAUAAUUCAUGCGACACUGUUGCCUUCACAGGUGAUGCAUCUAACAAUUAAACGACCCGAAAAUUUCGCCCAUAACCCGGGAGAUUUUGUCUUCGUCAAAAUACCGGCAGUUGCCAGGCAUGAAUGGCAUCCUUUUACAAUUUCCAGCGCACCUGAACUUGAUGAUAACAUAUGGCUGCACAUUCGCGUAGUAGGAAACUGGACAAAAGCACUGUACACACAUCUCAAGCGGCAAAAGAAACGCCGUCCCGUGCUGAUUAGCCAACAGUCUCUACAAAAUCUGCGCACCAAUGUCCUGUCGGAUCCUACGGCCAUCGCUAUUCUACGUAAACUCAGUGUUAACCAUUUUCCCAAAUUCGAAGAAAACAAUUACGCGAAUGCCCAACACGAAGCCAGCAUUACAAAAAGCAACACGGUCUCAUCGUUCCCACUAGCCACACCCAUUCCGGUGUUCAUCGAUGGGCCGUACGGCAGUUCCACGGCGGCCAUCUUCCACACCGAACACGCCGUCCUCAUCGGUUCCGGUAUCGGCAUCACACCCAUGGCAGCCAUCCUGGGCAGCAUCGUCCAUCAUUUCCGGCGCAACCGUAUGAAAUGUCCCCACUGCGACAAGGAUGUCCCCUUCAUCAACAACGAUCUGUCCAUGUGCAACCGGCUGGCGACGAAGUUGAAGAAAGUGGAUUUCAUCUGGGUGUGCCGGGAUCAGAUGAGCAUACAGUGGUUUAUUGACUUGCUUAAAGAAUGGGAACACGAGCAAACCACGCUGGAGACUGUGUACAACACCAAUGAGGAUUUUGUUACGGCGCAAAUUUAUAUCACUUCCGGGCCGAAGAAGACAAGUCUAUCCACCGCCGGUCUCUCGCUGGGAAUGAACUUACAUUACCAGCAAACGCGGACGGAUAUCCUCACCGGUUUAAAAAGCCAAACAAGAACGGGCCGGCCUAAAUGGAAUGAUGUAUUUGGGUCAAUCGCAAAGUCGCAAAAAGGUCAAGUUCGCGUAUUCUUCUGUGGGAGCCGCCAGCUUAGUCGGGAGAUUCGUCAACAGUGUGCCCUGAACAAAUUUGAUUUCUCAUGGGAGAAUUUUUAGAUUCCAGUUGCUGUCUUUCGAAAUUGUUAUUUCAUUAAUUUUGUUACGUACUUAAACAUAAUAUGUUUUAUGGUUAUAAAAGAGACAUCGCAUCAG